UUUAAUUCUAUGAAGGACCAAGUCUGCUACAAUAAAAGCUAUCAGUGAUAUGGCUCGAUCAAUUAAAGUUUUAUUGGCCAUUUGCUAUGAGUCCAAUAAUUCAUUUCUAACAAUAGUUCCUCCAUUUAAUUUACUUACGAUCUUAUCGUUAACGUGUUAUUUAAAUAGUUCACAUUGGUGAUUAAACGUCAAUCCAUGUUUGUAGUUUGUUCGAGAAAAAUGCAGGAAGCUCGGAACGUUGGGUACAUGUUCAUCUUAGUAUUGGCGUUUUUAUUAAGUAACUUGUUUGUCAGUAACAUUAAUGCAUAUCCGCAAGAAGGAUAUCAACCCGCUCCAGAAGGCUAUGUUGAUUGGGAUAAUUACAUAAAUCCUGAAUUCGGCAUACACAGAGAAGGAGAUAUAGUUCCGUUCGAAGAAGGGAGAAGAUCCGUUCUUAGGAAUACAAAUUUCCGAUGGCCUGGUGGUGUCGUGAAUUACUUCAUCAUUCUCUAACCCGUGACCCGGACAAAGUGAGAGAUUUACUGCUUUCGUUAGAUGUUAUAAGAAGAUAUACAAAAUCUAUCCAUAAACCAUGCGUAACAUUCAAUCGCGUUUUCGAAAACUCGCUGGGAAGACGUAAUUGGGUUAAUAUCACAGCUCACGACAGAGGUUGUUACUCCAAUGUGGGACGUAAUCCAAAUGGACAUAAUAUUUUAAAUCUAAACAUUAAUGACGGGUGCUUCAAUUAUAUUGGACACGCGAUGCACGAAAUGAUGCACACUUUAGGUAUAUAUCAUGAGCACUCGAGACCAGAUCGCGACAAAUACGUCCAGGUACACUAUUUAAAUAUAAUACCUGAAUAUAGACAUAAUUUUAACAAAUACAAUGAUUCUUUCGUAACCACUUUUGACUAUCCGUACGACUAUAACAGCGUAAUGCACUAUCCUACGAAUGCGUUUGCCAAAAGAAGAUUGUACAAAACACUGGAACCUAUUCCUAACGCACAGAGGCCGAUUGGUCAAAGAUCAAUCCUGACGGUGUACGAUAUUUAUAAAAUUCGAAAUGCUUAUAACUGCGUAUAACUGCAACGUCUAGGGAUUUGACGUAUCAUAACUAUUAAGAAAUCUAACUUGGAGCUCGGGAUAUUUCCUGAAAAAAAUAACGGUAAAAUAUUACCGGAACAAAAUACACAGUCAUUGAAACAGAAAUGAAAGCAUAAAUGCCAUUUAUCAUUUUAAAUAAUCUGAUAUUAAAUAAAUUAGAUGAUAAAAAUGCUGAUUUAGAAAAACUAAUGGAUAAAUUAAGUAGCUUUAUUAAAAUCUGUGCUGAGCCAAAUUAUUAUUGUAUCUCUGAGCUCAGUAUAUACCCAUGUACAAAUUUUCAUUUUUAUUUGCAUGAGAAAAAUGAACAAUAAAAUAUCUAACAAAAAA